CCCAACCCUUCGUUGUGUUUCUCAUGCAUAACGGUGGAUAAUUUAUGUCGUGCGUGCUACUAGUAUCGGAGCUCCUGUUUUAUGCAGCAAAACCCUAUCGAAAUCGCAAGCCCUAAUUUCCAUCGACACGAAUUGGUGUACAGUCUUUGAGAUCCCCGACGACCUCCAUGGACGCCCAAAGAGCUCUUCUUGAUGAGCUCAUGGGAGCAGCUCGUAAUCUGACGGAGGAAGAGAAGAAAGGCUACCGGGAAAUCCAUUGGGAUGAUAGGGAGGUCUGUGGACCAUUCAUGGUCCGCUUUUGCCCUCACGAUCUCUUUGUGAAUACGAAGAGUGAUCUCGGAGCGUGCCCUAAGAUCCACGAUCUGAAGCUCAAAGAGAGCUUUGAGAAAUCUCCUAGACAUGAUGCGUACGUUCCUAGAUUUGAAGCCGAGCUCGCCCAAUAUUGUGAGAAACUGGUGAUGGACUUAGAUAGAAAAGUGAAGCGUGGACAGGAACGGCUGGCACAGGAGGUUGAUUUGCCAACUGGUCCUGUCUCAGCCGAGAAAUCAGAACAGUUAUCAGUGCUUGAAGAAAAAAUUAAAAAGUUACUGGAACAGAUAGAGACUCUUGGAGAAGCUGGCAAGGUUGAUGAGGCAGAAGCACUCAUGAGGAAGGUGGAUCUGUUGAAUGCUGAGAAGACAGCUCUUACACAGAAUGACAAGUUGGCUCUUACUCAAGAGAAGAAGAUGGCUCUCUGUGAAACAUGUGGUUCUUUCCUGGUUGCAAAUGAUGCUGCUGAGCGGGUCCAGUCUCACGUAACUGGCAAGCAGCACAUCGGGUAUGGAAUGGUGCGGGAUUUUAUCAAUGAGUUCAAGGCUGUAAAGGAAAAGAAAAGAGAAGAAGAAAGGCUUGCUAGAGAUAAGGAAGCUGAAGAAAGGAGAAAACAAAGGGAGAGGGAAAGUGAGCAUAGAGGUAGAGGAAAUGAAAUGAGUGGCAGAGAACGCGAUAGAUAUCGUGAACGAAGUCAUGAACAGGAGAGAUCCCAUGGAUUUAUUGGAAGGAGUAGCUUGGAUGGUGGAAAAGGAUCAGAUUGGAAUCGUAAUCAAUACAGGAAUGGGAGAGACUGGGACAGGGAAAGGUUUCGCAGGAAUGGAGAAGUGCCACGAGAUAGGGCGCGUGGAAGGAGUAGGUCUCGUUCUCCAGUUAGGCAUGGCUAUCGGAGAUAAUUAUGCAGUCCAGUUUAUCUAAUACUAAUAUAUAUUGUACGAAAUCUGUCAAGCUCAGAGUGAAGAGGUAGACCAUCUUGUCUCUUUUUUUUUUUUGGGUUGUUCUUACAUGUGUUUGAAUUUAAAUGCCCCUAUUGGUGAAACUCUUUUCCCAUGCUAACAGCUUUGCUGAAAACCUAUUUUUCUUUAGAGGAGAUGAACUGAGGUAGGCACCAUACAUCUUUAUAUUCUUAGUUCUUCAUAUAUCAUUUGGAUAUGGAACUAUUCUGCUGAAAGCUCCUGUGUGUGUUUAAGCCUUAUUCUCAGAACCUCCAUUCAUUAGGUUUGUUUCUUCUGGUCUUAAUUAAGAUCUCAUACGCAUUCAUUUGCUGGAUGAUGGACGACUAACAAAGCUUAAUCUACUGGAAGGUAACAUGGUUUUCUUACUUGCAAUAGGAGUUUAUAAGAUGAAUUUCCAUGACGGGGUAAUACCCAGAGCUAUAUUUUCACCGGCAAGCACUCUGAAUUUUUUUUUUUUGGUGCUAGAAAUCCCUCUUAUUUUAGGCACUAGAGCAAUCCAUACAUUCACCGAAAAACUGUUGCAGGUAAACCUUCUUUCUUCAAGGCUGAACAAAUUCCAGAGCAGUAGCACGCAUCAUGUAAUUGUUGAUUCGAUAUGUUUCAUUCCAUGAAAUCAAAAAAUGCAUGCAAUUGGAUAAUUUAAGUUCCCUACCCGUUUCUCCUUGUGGCUCUCAAGGAGCAUCCAUGCUAGUUUUGAUGAAUGUGCAUGUUCGUAUGAAAUGUGUGCAUGAAGGGACUAACAUUCUGAAAAUCUUGAAAAUGUAAUAUUCUGAAAAUUUUAAUGUGCCCAGUUUGGAAGCAUGCAUUAUAGUUCAAUUAUUUUUA